ACAACACGCAUUUUAAAUGCACACAACACGCAGUUUAAAUGCACACAACACGCAGUUUAAAUGCUCUAAAUGAUUAUUAGAAGAAAAUAAGAAGAAAACUGCAGUAAAAGUGUUGAAAAAGGUCAAACAAUCACUUUAUUCAAUUUCAUGUGCAUAAAAAUAUCUAUUUCAUCCAGUGACUCAUCAGAUGCAUGUGAAUAAUACUAGAGACUUUUAAUUAGGACAGAUUUGUAGUUCUUUAUAAAUAUGAUAUUUUCCUAACAGACAGAUAAAGACGCUGCAGUGUCUGCAGGUCAAAGGUCACCUGAGUCUCUCCUGCAGGGAUCAGGAAGAAGGAGCGGCUGGUGAGAGGAAGGGAGGAGGAGGAGGAGGAGGAGGAGGAGGAGGAGGAGGAAGGGCAGAGCCGUAGGAACAUGGACGUGUCUCUGCUCAGGGAACAGUACAGGUGCACCAGAGAGAGACAGAGGAGACACACUCAGGUGCUUCUGUUCAGGACAGUCUCGGAGGAGCUGUCGGAGGCCGUCACCAUCAUCCCCGUCACUCAGGGCUUAAUGUCGCCGUGGGAACCGAACAGCAGCUCGCCGCCGGCUGUGACCUUUGACCCCGACCCAACGACCUACGACCCCUGGCACGUCCACCUGGACCUCCACCGGCGCUCCUGCCCCGGGUUCCCCGCGCUGCUCCCAGCCUCGUCCUCAGAAACAGCAAACACCAGCGGUUCCUCUCGGCGGUCCUCAUCUUCCUCUGAGGCCGGGGUCCCCCGUCAGGAUGUGGAUUCACCUUCAGAUCCACCUGGCUGCUCCAGAGAAACGUCUCCCUGCAGCUCCUUCAAAGAGGAAGAUCUCCUCAGCAGGUCCAGAGGAGACCCAGAUCCCGGAUCCUCCGAGAGACCCGGAGGAGGCUCCCAGAAGGAUCCGGUCCAGGUUUCCGUGUCCGAUGAACAGGAGCGUUCUGCCGCCGGCUCCCUCACCAGCUCCGAUGGGAGCUCCACCCCCGUCGCCUCCUGCUCCCCCAGCGGCUCCACCGCCAGCCUCCACGAGGGCCAGAACCAGAACCGGGUCGCCGAGAGAAGAACCAGUAACGCCGCCCUGCAGACCGGCGGCCCCUCCAGGAAGUUCUCGGCCCCGGCCCUCCGGUUCACCAGAGGGGUGAGCGUAGGAGGAGUGGGCUCCUCUACGGGGGUCCACCAGAACCAGACCUACCACCCGUUCCCCAGCAGGAAGGCCCCGAGGAUCUCCGAGGCCGCCCGGAGGCUGGGGAUGUACUCGUCCUUCUGAGGAACAGAAGAGCUCCAGCUGUCAGUCAACACGUGACUCUCUGAGAUUAAUACCAAGAAAUUUAAUAAGUUGUGAAUAACUAACUUCCCUGGUGAAAUAAAGUUUAAAUAAAAAUAUCAUGUCAUUUAUAUUUUUAUUUUAUCUCCGCUGUGACAAUUUUCAUCAAUGUUUUUUUCUUUAAAACAUUUAAAAAUUGUUCAUAUCUGUUUAUUUGAAUCAAUAUUACAGAUGUUGUUUGGUUUAAUUACUGCUGCUCCUGACCUGCCAGUAAAUAAACACAUGAACAUGAACGUUAACUCUUCAGUCUUUAAGUGUUUAGUGUUAUCAGUGAUAAUAAAGCGUCAGAUUUGCUCCAGUUGAAA